GCCCAUGAGGGCGGAGGCAGCACCGCCACGACCGCCUUCCGCGGCUGCAACAGCCUCCGGGGGGGUGAUUAGUCACCCUGGAAACCAGCAACAGCUGCGGCUCUGUCCUGCAGCAGCAAAAGAAGGAAGAGGAAAGAAAACAUGUCGGACACAAUGAAGGAAAAAGCGGCCCGCUUGUUAAAGAAAAGAGGCAGCAUAUCCUCUUUAGGAAGCCAUGAAGUCAGGGCGAAAGAAUUUUUUGGAAGAAACAAAGACUCCAUAAGUACAGUGUCUUACAUGGAUGAACCUGGCCACCAUGAUGAUAUUCUUCGCCCCGGGGUUCAGAUGGAAAACACGUACCAGUUGGGUCCUGCAAAGUGCUUUCCGGUGGGAACUGUGAAUAAUAUCUUGAAGGAUGUGAUAACAAGUUAUCUUCAAGAGGAAAAAUACGAAGCCGAGUUGUGCAGACAAAUGACAAAGACCAUCUCUGAGGUAAUUAAGGCUCGAAUAAAAGACCUGAUGAUACCAAGGUAUAAAAUUAUUGUGAUUAUACAUAUUGGACAACUAGACAAGCAGAGCAUGCAGAUUGGAAGCAGGUGCCUCUGGGAUACUACAAGUGAUACUUUUUGCUCAUACGCCUUCAAAAAUAGAUCUCUGUUUGCUCUUGCAAAUGUCUUUGCAGUUUACUCCGAGUAGCAAUUAAAAGUUCAAUAUGAAGUCUGUGUGACCAAAUAGACAGAUACUAUUUUUAGGCUGCAAUCCUAUGUACGCUUACAAGGAAGAAGCUCCAUUGAAUACAGUGGGUCAUUUGUCUGGGUAAACCUGCAUAGGAUCGCUCUGUAUACGUAGACUGGUAGAUUUGUUCUUCUCUGUGGGCAUGAAGGGUGCUUAUUACUCUGAAGAUAACAGGUGUUAAUACCACUUGUGCAAUUCUCAUUUCUGGUGUGGAAGUGCAGUGUUUGAUCAUGUAAACAUUCCCAGGGUUGGACUCUGUAUCAUAUUAGUGAUAUCAUAAUGGAUGUGCAUGAGGCCUAAUUCAUUGUGUUUAUGUUCUUGAAAAUGUACUGAAAUACAGAACCAGUUUACACUUGU